UCACUGUCCGGGCUUUUAGGUUCCGCCAUGGCUGUCCCUGCAGGAAGAUCUGUGGUCUUUGUAACUGGAAACGCAAAGAAACUAGAAGAAGUCAUCCAGAUACUCGGAGACAAGUUUCCCUACAAGCUAGUGUCGAAAAAGAUUGAUUUACCUGAAUACCAAGGGGAGCCAGAUGAGAUUUCUAUUCAGAAGUGUAAGGAGGCUGCUCGACAGAUUGAUGGACCAGUCAUAGUGGAGGACACCUGUCUGUGUUUCAGGGCUCUGGGAGGACUUCCUGGUCCUUAUAUCAAAUGGUUUCUGGAUAAACUAAAACCAGAAGGUCUGUAUAAGCUCUUAGCUGGCUUUGAGGAUAAAUCGGCGUGGGCUCUCUGCACGUUUGCCUUCAGUGCUGGUAGAGAUCAACCUGUGCAGCUCUUCAGAGGAAAAACUGAGGGGCAAAUUGUGGAGCCCAGGGGGCCACGCGACUUUGGAUGGGAUCCUUGUUUCCAGCCUGACGGAUACAACAAAACAUAUGCCGAACUCCCCAAAGACGUAAAGAAUUCAAUCUCUCACCGCUACCGGGCGCUUGCUGCCAUGUCUGAGCAUUUCUCGCAAAUCAACAACAGCUCACCACUGAGCAAGAAGAAGAAGGAGGAUGAUUAGAGGGUCUUUGUUUUUAAAAAGGUGCUCCAAUCUGGGUCAAAGUUAAACGGUUCCUCCUGUAAAAGGCUCUUGUAGAGAUAAAUGGAAUAAUUUCUCUCGUUUUUAAUAAACAUUUAUCUUUCAAAA